AUGACUUCACUGUCUAUUCCUAUUCUUCGAACCGUGCUGCAGGUCAGGGCGUGGCGCCGCCAGUGCUUCUUCAAUAAGGAGUCUGUGGGCUUCGUGCCAACUAUGGGCGCUUUACAUAAGGGCCACACUUACCUUGUGAACGAGAGUCUUGCCGAAAACGACCGUACGAUAGUGCUGAUUUUCGUCAACCCGUCGCAGUUUGCGCCUCAUGAGGACUUGGACGCUUACCCGAGGACGCUAGAUCGGGACUUGAAGGCGCUUGAGUCGCUAGGACGCCGUGUGGACGCGGUGUUCUUGCCUAAGGUGCUGGAGAUGUUUCCUAGUGGGAUUGUUUUGGACGUGAACAAGCAGAAGGGGGCUUUUGUGAAUGUCUUGGGAUGCUCUGAGCAGCUUGAGGGCACACAGAGACCGGCUUUCUUUAGAGGCGUGGCUACCAUUGUCACUAAGCUUCUUAACGUGGUGAACCCUACGAAUGCCUACUUUGGCCAGAAAGACGCCCAGCAGUGCGUUGUGGUGAAGAAUCUAGUCAAGGAUUUGCUUAUGGAUACGACCAUUCGGGUGUGCCCAACGCUUAGGGAGCCUAACGGGCUUGCCAUGUCUUCUAGAAACGAGUACUUAUCGCCAGAGGCCAAGGACCAGUGCUCGCUCAUCUACCAGGGUCUUUGUGCUGGUAAGGCUUACUAUGAGAAGGAAGUUGCUUCUGGCAAGCCUGUUUCUGCUGAAGCUGUCGCUGGAGCUAUCAAGGAAGUCUUCUCUACUAUGCCUUCGGACUGGAAACUAGAGUACAUCGCUGUGUCUCAUCCAGAAUCGCUUGAAGACCUAGAGACAAUUAGUCUGGAUGUCGGUGCAACCGUUUCUACGGCUGUCAGAGUGCCAAAGGCGGACGGCUCUGGUGUCGCUAGACUUAUCGAUAAUGUCCAGCUUUAA